AUGACUGCGCCCCCCUUCCCCCUCCACAGAGGCGAGGCGCGGCGAGACGGCGAGCCUCCGGCAGGGCCGAAAGCGCGUUCCUCUCCGGAUCGCGUGCUCGGCGUUGGCGGCGGCGUUAGCGACGGCGCUAGGCGGCGCAGCGUGCAACAGUUUGCAAAUGAGAGCGGCAUAGUUCACGUCUCUCCCUCGGGCCCGCGUGCGGGAAGUAACGAGGGAGGAGACUCUUUAUUCAAGAUCGCGAGAUCAACGCGCAAGCGAGCGUGCACUAAAACCGUGGGGAAGCCUGCUCAGUGGCGACCGCGCGACCUUGUCGUACGUACAUUCGUAGCGAGGCGUUGGGCGCGACGCGUGCGGGAGGCGGGGGCGGGGGUUGCUCGGAAACGGUCGGAAAGUGUUGGGCGAGCGGGUGAGGAAGGGUGGACGCCGGAGGGGCAGACUUCGCCACGGAUGAGCGGUGUGCAGGUGUACAGCACAGGGGCGACGGCGUGGGCCGCGGCGUGA